UCUUCUCUUUUCUCCCCUCUUCCUCCUGUCCGUCGAGUUGGCUAAACCAAAGGAAAGGAAGAAAAAGAGAAAAAGAGAACAAGGAAAGGUGGUCAGCGAGCGAAUGAAUGAAUGAAUGAACGAACGAAUGAAUAAAAGAGAAGAAGACGCGAAAUGGAGGGAAUGCCGGGCGCCCUGUUCGUACAGCGGACUGUUUUUAUUACCGAUGAUAAUAAUAAAAAUAAUAAUCACGAUAAUAUGAAUAUCGAUGGGAAUCAAAUAAAUACAUCCUCCUCCUCCUCCUCCUCCUCCUCCUCCUCCUCCAAGAUCGAAUUGAUAAGAAAGAAAAAAAAGGCCAUCUCGUCUCGCAUCCCGAGAAUCCCAUCUCUCACGGAGACAAAACAGAACCCAAGAAAAUCGCUUCGCCCUCGCCUCCUUCCCGUGCGGGCGGGCGUAGUAGGCGUAGGCGUGCGAGACCCUCCCCGGCGGGACUUUUCGCCAUCGGACGGAUGAACGGUCAGAUGGCCGGUCAGUCGGUCAGCGCGGGGGCCCGCGGGUCCCCGAGCCAUGGCGGCCAUGUGGUGGGAAAGCGAUGAUGUAAAGGCGAUGGUGGAGAAGCAAUGAUGUCGCAACCGAAGCGGAGGAACCCCCCCUCGCUCGCAGCACGUGUUCCAAGAUCUCCCCCCUGUUUCUUCCCCCUUCCGUCUUCAUCUGUGCAUCUUUUCUUUUCUCCUUGGACGG